AAAGCAAGCGUCAAGCCGAAGCCGACCAUUUGCUAUUCCAAACAGUCAUAUAAUGAUCCACCUUCAUUAGGAUGCAUUUCAUGGCUGCUGAGGCACAGCUCAAGAAAACCUUCAGUUCAUUUAAUAAGGAUGCAUCUGAUGGGUGCAUCACACUCGAAGAAUUAAGCGGCGUGAUCAGAGUAAAGGGUGAUGAGCUGCGGGACAUGAUCAAUGAAGUUGAUGCGUCCUCUGCCACUGCUUUUAUAGACUUCAUACAAUUCUUGAACCUCAUAGCCAGCAAAUUCAAGGCCGCCGCUUUGUCUAAAGAUUUACAUGUAGAGGAGGAGCUUGCAGAGGCCUUUAAGGUGCUUGACAAAGACCAAAAUGGGUACAUUUCGUCUACUGGGUUGAGACAUGUGAUGAGAAAUUUGGGAGAAAAACUGAGCGAAGAAGAGGUCGAGCAGAUGAUUAAGGAAGCCGACUUAGAUGGUGAUGGUCAAGUCAAUUAUGAUGAUUUUGUCAAGACGAUGAUGAUGAUGCCUAUUCAUCACACAAGUUACACAUAGAAGAGAAACAUGUAUGGAAUACAUUUCUGGUCAACGCAUGUAGGUGUUCCAUAAGGAACCAACACGUUGUGACUCGUGCGUGACAUUGGUGUGAUUUAUAUACAACUAUAUAGUAAUAAUGUAUUCUAAUUAAUAUUAUCUAUCAUUGUGGCACUAUGUGUAAUUGUUACCCUUACAAUUAUUAUUAUUAUUAUUAUAUACAUAAUACAAUGUCAAAGCAAACAAAAUAAUUUAGCCUCAAAAU